UGCAUGCGCCCCACUCCUCCCACUACAGCUGAGGCUCCUGUAGCUGGUAUAAGAGCCUUCCCUGGCGCGAUCACCAACACACCGGCCCAUCCUAUGGGGAGGUGUCACAGCGAGCAGCGGACAGCUGGACUUUUACGCGCGGCUUCCUUCUGCAUGUAGCUGCUCGCUGCUUGGUCGUAAGGGACUGGUCCUCCUCAGGAUCACAUCUGGCUCUAACGAUGGCGUUCACCAUGCUCAGGCCGGUGUCGGCGCAUCCCUUCUCCUACCCUGCUGACCUGACUUUAACGUCCGACGACGAGGAGGGGAACCGCAGCGAGAGCGACAGCAGCACCGACCAGGGCUACGGCUGCUGCGGGACCUCCGGCCAGAGUUACCGACAGAAGACCGGAGGCGUCGUGGUGCGGCAGCGGAACGCGGCGAACGCCCGGGAGAGACACCGGACGCAAAACGUCAACACCGCCUUCACGGCGCUGCGGACACUUAUCCCCACGGAACCCGUGGAUAGAAAACUCUCCAAGAUCGAGACGUUGCGCCUGGCGUCCAGCUACAUCUCACACCUGGCCAACGUGCUGGUGGUGGGGGAUGGCAGGGAGGACGGCCAGCCGUGCCUAGGUUCCGUCUACAAGGAGGUAAACGGCGGUGGAGACGGCAAACAGCCCCGAACCAUCUGCACCUUCUGCCUGAGCAAUCAGCGGAAAGGGGUGAAGGACCGACAAGCCUGUGCAAAGAUGCACAGGAUCAUACAAAUAAACCGGCGAUGAAACUGUUUGACAUGGAGAAGGACUGAUUCCUCUUUAAAAAGAAGGCAUUGGCAGAAAGAUCCUAGAGUCUGUGCCACAACAGUGCUGCUCUGACUCUUGUUGACUCUUGGGUCACAGUACUCCAGAAGAGAUGGGAAACACCAACCCGUCUGAUUAUGAAACAGUUUUCAGUAUAGUUUAUAUUAGAAAUGAGUGAAGUCAAACAAAUGUCUUCUAUCUGUGUACUACUCACAUUUACACAAUAUAAAAAGGACUAUUAUAUAAAAUAAUAUAAUGGAGAUGUGAUUAAGACUCAAAUGUUUGCUGUCAGUGUGUUUUUUAAAUCCACUGUGACUUCUUUAUGCUGUGUUGGAUCCAAUAUUGUUGAGAUAAAUUUCCAUGAAAGUCUAUCUUUGUUUUGCAAAAUGCAGCUGUUCUGGGGUAAGUGUGGCUUACAAUACACUCGUACAGAAGAGUCGUAGGAAAUAAUAUAAGAGAGGAUAAACCGUUCUAUCUACCGAGCUCAUGUUAUAGGAUGUGUGAACCUUUUUCAUUGUAAGUUUCAUUGUACUUGGAAUACAUUUAUUUUUGGAUAGAGGCAGCUCUCUCAUUUUUGUCUGUGUUUGUUCAUGACUUGACCCUUUAAUGCAGUAGGCCACAACAGUCCCCCUCCACACUUCUGUUUUCCUGGUUUUCUUGCUAAAGGUUAAUAACCACAUGCAGGGUUCAGGUAAAUUAGGCGCUGAAGAACAAACCAGUCUCCUUACUGGCAUCUUCUGCUUGUAAGCGCACAAAAAAGGAAACCUUUAUGGGGAAUUCCAGUUAAGGUUUCUCUUCUGUGUCUGAGUACUGCCAAGGAAUCUCUGUGGAGGAAGCAAUCAAUCUUUUCCUCAGUGGGUUCUCUCUGAAAUCAUUGUGUCCCAGCAGUGUCUGACCACAGAACGCCCUGUCAGGGUGGUAGGUGCUGGAUACCGGCAAGAAAAACAUGAAUCAGAGGCAAGUGUGGGAAAAGGUAAAGGAAAAACAGGAAAGACAAACAUUUGUGUUGUUUGGUCUAUUGUAGGAACUGAUGAUUACUCAUGGGGACCAUCAUGGGGUGUAGGACAUUACUGGACCCACGCCAAAAAGAUCACACAAAGAGGAAAAAGGCAGAGUCUUUGGUAAUUUGGAGUUCUUUUAACUGUUUAAAUGUCUACAUAUGCAUGUUUGUAACAAAACUUACUUUUGAUUUGCGAGGUUGGUUUUCUGAAAUGCAACUUGAGAAACCUGAGACGCAAAUUUUAGCUAUUAUGACUUUUUUUAGGUUUUGUACAUGUGGAUUAGUGUCCAGAGGAGACAGAGGAGGCUGCUGUGUAGUAUGGCUCUACCCUGGCGGUGCUUUUCAAUGUGGUGUUGAUCAGUCACAGCUAAUAUGACCUAGCACUCUGUGUCCAGCCGAAUACAGCUGCUGAUGAAUUAAUUUCAUGGAUCACAGCAGGAGAGCAGGGGGCUGUGUGGAACUCUGUGGAGACAUGUAGAUUUACAGUUCAGGUCCGUAAAGCAUGAUCGCACCUCUCAAAGAGAACUUGCACCACGAUAACAGCCAAAAUAUUUACUAUGAUGGGUUCAUUCACAGAAGCUCAAACUCAACGCAUUUUGAUUUUCAUAGAGAAAUCAGAUAAAAAUGAAAAACAAUAUUAGUGAAGUAGACACGUUUAUGCAUAUGUUCUAAGUUGUUGUUCUAAGUUUUCUUUCUAAGUCAUCAAUCUAUUAUUGUUAUAUAAAACCAUCAAUACCAUAAGCACAGUUCAUGGGAAAAUAAUAACUAAUUCUAUACAUAAUUAUAGACAACCUUAAAUAUCCAUUUUUUGGACAGUUUGUAGUAAUUUCAUUUCUUCUCUUCACAAACAGAGCCCUUCAUUAGUAAAUCUAAAGCAACUGUUGAAAACAAACUUUAAUAUGGCAAUUUGUGUGAAGAAAUAUAUUUAUUUUUAACUUGUAGCUUCAUUCAUAAUAUAAAUACAUUGAUUAUUCAUGGCUGGUUAGGUUGUGUUUAUUUGUAUUUGUUGUCUUUGUUGUACCUUAAAAUCUGUUACAGUUUGUCCCUCCGACCUGCAGGGGGCCCUGGGUUCAAUGCAAUCUGGUCAGUUGUUGACAUUUCCUGUUUGUCUUGAUUGUAAUUUGUUGUCACCUGUGUUAUGUAGUAUUUAAGGUCCUAGUUUGUGCAUAGUCUUUGUUGGUUCAUUGUUUGUGUUAUCCUGUCAAUUCUAGUUCCUGUUAUACCUAGUCAAGGUCUGUUUGUUUUGUGUGUGUUACAUGUUUACUUUUCAAGUUCCUUACCUUUUGGCCUGUGUAAGCAGUAAUUUUUAGUUCCUGUUUCACAUUUAGGUUCAUGUAUGCUUUUUUCCUGCUCAACAGUGUUUUUAGUUCUUUAUUGUUUCCUUGUUGCCUCUGUUUCCCCUCAUGUUUAUAUUUUGUGGAAUUAAAUCUUAAUUAUUGAAAUCGUA